CAGUGAACUAAAAGGACGUGAGACAGCUUUUACAGGACACAAAAUGAGAGCAGAGUUAUUGACAUCCUUUCUUAUUGCAACCUAUAUUGCUGUUGGUUAUUCACAAACCCUACUGCGUUGUCGUUCUUGUACAAGGGCCAUUGACCUUUCUGACUGUAACCAUUUAACAGUCUGUGACGCGACUCUCGAGGAUUGUUAUUUAGAACAAAUUUUCACAGACCAGCAUAGAGUGGAGUUCAAUGAGGUUGCAGGUCUAAAAAUCUCUGUGCACAGUCAUCGACUUCCACUUCUGUCGGAAAGAAGAGAGCAACGGUCGGCUGUUCAAGUUGUUGUAACUCAGGAGAUGAUUGUAACAAACGACUGUGUGGAAUAAAGGACCCUACAAUAAAUUCUUCUGAGUGUUACAUGUGUGACCAUCGGACAUCCGAACAGUCUGAAGUGAGGGAUCCAGCACAGUGUGUAACG